CUAUGGUUAUGCUGAAUGUGAUUGUGAUUGUUACUUUUUGUUCUCCCAUGUUUUCUCUCCCCAACUCAGCUAUCAAGUAACAUGUCUGAGAAUCAUCCACUUCAGGCCUUGUUUCAUAGCUUUGACCAUGUCUCCAAUUUCGUAGGACUUCAUGUCCAGUCCUCUGGUAGAGCCUCUCUUUUCUCCAUCAAAGCCCCACUUGCAAAAACAACAUCUUCUCUACAAUCUGGCGAUAACAUCCUCAAGGGAAAGUCUGCUCCCCCCGUGACUAAAGAAGAGCUUGGGAGGGCAACAUGGACUUUUCUUCACACUCUUGCUGCUCAGUAUCCAGAUAAUCCUACAAGACAACAGAAGAAGGAUGUCAAAGAACAUGUACAGAUCUUGACGCGAUUGUACCCUUGCAAGGAAUGCGCAGAUCACUUUAAAGAAGUUCUUAGAGCAAAUCCUGUCCAGGCUGAGUCGCAUGCUCAUUUUUCUCAUUGGCUAUGUCAUGUGCAUAAUGUUGUCAAUAGAAGCCUUGGUAAACCGGUAUUUCCCUGCGAAAGAGUUGAUGCAAGGUGGGGCAAACUGGAGUGUGAGCAGAAAGCAUGUGAAAUUAUUGGAAGCACAUCAUUUUUUGGGAAGAUAUAGUAGAAUUUUAUUUCAAAAAUGAUAGCUGCAUAUAUCAUGUGAAGUAUGUGCUACAUUUGGAUAAUUGCUAUGAGUAGGUAUGUGCAGAUAUUCCAUUAGCCAUUUUUUAUAUUAUUCUUAAUUUAUUAAAUUUUCGCAUACCUUA